GGACAAUUCAUGCUCGCUCCUUGCGUGAAGGCUCACUGGCAAGGACUUGCCCUGUACGAUGUCAUCACCAGUGUCCCUUGCUGCCAAUGUCGACCGCGAAACCCAACUCGCCCACUCCAUGGGCGCCGUGCUUAUUGGAAGUCUGGUUGGCUUGUUCCUCUCGGGGGCGGUGACGAUGCAGGCCUUUCUGUACUACCAGCUGUAUCCUAAGGAUAUGCUUCGAAUCAAAGUAAUGGUCCUUGUCGUCUGGGUUAUCGAUGCUCUGCACUCAAUCAUGACCAUGAAUGCCAAUUGGCAGUAUCUCAUCCAACGAUUCGGAGAUUGGGAUACCACCGACGAGAUAACGUGGUCAAUAGCGGUCUCGGUUGCGUUGACGGCCACAAUCACUUUCUUUGUGCAUUGCUUCUUCAUUCACAGGAUAUACAACCUGAGCCACAAGAAUAUGUACAUCACGGCCCCCUUGGUUGCAUUGGCGCUCGUCCGUCUGGUAACCGCCUGCAUUUCGACAUCGGAGAUGAUCCGUCUGAGAAGUUACUCGGGUUUCGUUCAUGGGUAUGACUAUGUGUUCACGAUUGGACUGUCGACUGCCGUGUCCCUGGAUAUCUUCAUCACUAUUGGCCUCUGCUAUUACCUGCGACGGGGACGUUCGCCGCUCAGCAGCAUGGACCGGAUCAUCGACACCAUCACACUGUACACGGUGGAAAAUGGCAUGCUAACAUGCAUUACGACCAUCGCGUCGCUGAUUUGCUGGGUCACGAUGCCCACGAAUCUCAUAUUCCUCGGGCUCCACUUCGCAAUCAGCAAACUCUACGCCAACUCGUUCCUCGCGACCCUCAAUGCCCGCAAGUCCCUUCUAAACAAAUCCCAAGGCUCCACGGGAGAUCAUCCACUACCCGUUCUGUUCCCCAGUCAUUACCCUGCCCGGCGUGCGACCUUGGGCCCGUGGUCGCAAAGGAGCCAGACGGAGACACACCUCCAAGUCACCAUCGAGAAGACCGUCCAACGCGACGUCGACGAAAUCGAAGGCGGCUCGACCCCGCGUGGGGCCGUCUCCCGCUCCGGACGAGAAACGCCGACCAUUGACCUCGACGACCUCUCAAAGAGCCCGCCCGCUGCGUACCUCGGAGAAGAGCGAGCACCCUUGCAGACGGACAUAUCUUGGCGAACGCGCCCGAAAGGGCCGGGUUCCUUUUGACGGGGAGCCCUGACCGAGAGGCACCAAGGAUUGUACAGUAAAC